GUGCCGCCUCCCCGUCAGUGUGCCGCGAGCAUUGACACGUGAAGGACCUGCGCACCUCGUCUCCUCACCCGUUCCUGCAAUUUCAAAAUAUGGCAACAAAAGUCGGAAAAAAGGGAAUGGCCACCCCUAAGACCACUCCAAAGGGCGAGGGGAAGGAGAGGCAGUCCCCUUUAAGCCCCACAAGACUGUCCAGACUGCAGGAGAAGGAGGAAUUGCAGUGUUUGAAUGAUCGUCUUGCAGCUUAUAUAGAUCGAGUUCGCCAGCUUGAAUUAGAGAACAACAGGCUUAAUUUGCAGGUGGAGACUAUUCAGGAGAGUGUGAGUAAAGAGGUGGUGAGUAUGAAGGGACUAUACGAAGGGGAGCUAGCUGAUGCUCGGAGACUUCUCGAUGACACAGCAAGAGAGAAAGCCCAGUUGCAGAUCGACGUGGGCAAGAUACGCAGUGCUAACGAGGACUUGAGGCUCCGGCUGUCCAAGAAGGAGAGGGAGCUGUCUGCAACUGAGAAGAGUUUAUCAGCCGCAGAAAAUCAAGUUGCAGAUUUGUCAACUCGUCUCAACACAUCUGAGUCUGAACGGAAGAAAUUAUUGGCUGAAUUGAAGGAGCUGAAGGAAGAGGUGGCGAAGCUGUCUCGGCAACUUGGAGAGGCUAAACAGCAGCUUGAGAGCGAGACAUUGAUGCGAGUCGAUCUUGAGAACAGAUGCCAAAGUUUACGAGAGGAGUUGCAGUUUAAACACCAGGUGUUCGAGCAGGAAGUCACUGAGACCAAGAAACGCAAACAGCUCGAGAUUUCGGAACUUGACGGUAAACUUCAGGUGGAAUACGAGACGAAACUGAAAGACUCGUUGAGGGAACUCCGCGAAGACUACGAGGAACAGCUGAAGAACAACCGGGCGGAGGUGGAGGACCUGUACGAGGCCAAGAUUGAAGAACUGUCUCGUCGUGAUCAGCGCUCGUUGGAGGACAGUGAGGCCCUAACGACGUCAUUGAGGGAGGCCAAGAGAGAGGUGCAGGAACUGUCCUCAAGGCUUACUUACCUGGAGGGCACCAAUCAGACCCUGGAGCAACGUGUCUCGGAUCUGGAGGCCCAAUUAGAGAGCGAGAGGGACUCCCAUUCAAUCGAGGUGGCACGGUUGAAAGAGGAAAUUGCACGAUUGGUGGAGGAGAUGUCCGGCCACCUUCAAGAGUAUCAAGACCUCAUGGAUGUUAAGAUAGCCCUGGACAUGGAAAUAGCUGCCUACAGGAAGCUAUUAGAGGCUGAGGAGGCCAGACUCCACAUCUCGGUCACAUCCACCAAGACUCCCUCCACACCUUCCACCUCCUCCACCCCUGCUGGCCGCCGCACCCCGUUACGUGGGGGGGUGAAGCGGAAGAGGGCAGCCAUCUUGGAGGAACAAAAGAUUUCCACUUCCUUUAAAUCCUCCGCCACGUCCACGGGUGUGCUUCAGAUAUUAGAAGACUGCCCACUGGGGAAGUUUGUGAAAAUUGUCAAUACUUCUGAUAAGGACCUGAGUUUGGGGGGGUACCAGAUCAUCAGGGAGGUGAUUGGUGGAGCUCAAACCACUUACAAAUUUCAUUCAAAGUCGAAGAUCGGGGCGGGAGCAGAGGUGACUGUCUACUCAUGCGAUUGUACUGAGGUGACCCACGAACCGCCCCUAACGAUCGUAAUGAAGAACCAGAAGUGGGCUGUUGGAGAUGAGAUGACAACCAAACUCCUAACUGCUAGCGAGGAGGAGACAAGCCGGCUGUACGCAGGCUGUGUCCUCGCUUAGGCCUACCCCCCCAAAACCCUGCAUCGCUUGGCAACUGGAAAGUCUCCGGAGAAAUGUUGCUUGAUGUGAGAGAGAGAGAGAGAGAGAGAGAGAGAGAGAGAGAGAGAGAGAGAGAGAGAGAGAGAAAAAAGAAAUAAAGGUUUUUUAGAGAGAGUACAAAAGAGAGAGAGAGAGAGGACCAUUAUGCUUGUGUGAGAGAGAGAGAGAGAGAGAGAGAGAGAGAGAGAGAGAGAGAGAGAGAGAGAGAGAGAGAGAGUAACUAACAAUAA